AUGAGUGGGCCUUACUCAGGCCCUGGAAGGAAGAGCGAUCUGUCCGGCUGCCCUUUGACCCCUGUCCGCGACCUACUGCCUCCCUCCGGCCCCGCCGGACGCCAUGACCGCCGGCUGGGCCUGACCAUGUCUGCGGCCGCCUCCUCCCUCAAGCACGCCCCGGCUUAUGGCUUCGCGCACAGGGAGCGCUCCCCCCCGCCGUCCUCCUCCUCCUACAUUCCCCUCAAGAGGCUGCAGCACCUCACCACCAUGGUGAGCCAGCCGGGCCCGGUGCUGCCCGGCCCGGCGCUGACCGGCCCAGUGCUGACCGCCCAGGGGCCGGAGGCCGGCUGGGACUGGGGCGCGCGCGACACGGAGAGGGCCACGCUGAAGGCGGACCCCUGGGACCACGGCAGGGAUUACUCGGCCCCCCACGCCGCGGGCGGGGGGUUGAGGCCGGUUCAGGCUCCUCCCGGGCGGAGGCGGCCGGAGGCCCCGGGCGGAGGCGGCGACCCCCCGCCGGACAGCCCAAACGACUCCGUCGGCUCGGAGAAAAAGGCCCCGGGCUGUUUCUCGGGGCCCCCCAGCCCGGCCUUCUCCCUGGACAGCAGCAGCCCCUUCGCCAACGGCCUGCUCCAUUUCGAGUCCUCUUUGUUUGAAGACGAAGACGAGGAGGAGGAGGAAGGGGGUGGGGCCGCGUCCACGGUCGAAAAGAUGCAGGACAAGCCCGCCGGCGCGGGGAGUCUGACUCAGCCCCCCGCUGGAAAUGCCCAGUCGGACUCCAGGGACGCGGCGGCGCCCUCCGCCAAGGUGGUCACACGCUCCCAGUCGUCAGGGCAACGCAGGAGAUACUGGGACGGCUCGGAGGACGAGUGGGAGAGUGACUCUGAGCUUUUGCUGUUGGAGGAAAGCCUCUUAACGCACUCAUUGCAGCAGAACCACCUGAAGAAGAAGCCUUUGCCACCGGUGAGGUUUGCUCAGGGGGACAUUGUUUGGGCCAAGUUCAGCCGAAGGCCGUGGUGGCCCUGCGUGGUGACCGUUGACCCUCUGCUGGGAGUCUGUCACAGGGUGAAAGAGCGCAGUGACCGCCCCUGCCGGCUCUAUUAUGUCAGGACCUUUGGGGAGCCUGAGGAGAUGGUCUGGGUGGAGGACAAAUCUACCCACGCUUUCCAAGGAGGCUUUGAAUUCGAACAGCUCCUUCUUUUGCGACGAAAAGGCAAGCAACGGGAACAGAACAAUAAAUACACAAUGGCUAAGCGUUUUCAAGACUCCUGGAGCUCCAGUGUUGGCCUGGCUGAAUCUGUUCUGGCCCAGAGACACAAAAUGACUCCAUCCAUGUCUUCAUCAGCAGAAGAUGACUUGCACUGCAGCUCUCCUCCAAUCGAGGAAGACAAGUCCCUUGCAGCCUUUCCCCUUUCCACCCCACCGGCCUCCAUUUUGUCGAAGACGUCGCACAUAACUAAUGGAGACAUUUCGUCUAUAGCUACGACUGAGACGAAACCGAGCACUUUAACAAAACCUUCCAACAAGAAAAAAAAGACAAAAUCCUCAAAGGAAACCAGUAGACACUUUAAAAAGACUCCCCGCGGCAGUCCAGACCAAUCGGACAGGGGCGGUGGAGAUUGUCCAUACUCUGACCUUGACUCGGUCCCUAAAAUUUUGUGUCCUAAAGCACUUGAACGUCAGUCUAAGCUAGUCUCGUCCCAGCCGUCGGUCGCCGUCAUAAAAGAGCAGAAGAAGCAGCCUGAGAUGCAGAGCGGGCUUUGGUUCAGUAAAUCAGGCAAAGACAGGCGACCUAAAAAGAUAAGCCAGAUGCCCGACCGCUCCCUCUUUAGUAAGGUUCCCAGUAAGAAAAAGAACUCCAACGCCAUUUGUAAAAAGAUACAGGGUGCUUGCGUCUCCUCCUGUAGUGGGGGAUCAGCUGACCAGGCGACGCUGCCAGACAAACCUGAUACCAAAUUUCCACCCGAACAGGCAGGGCCUUUGAAGUGUAAAAACUCAGAGACCGGGACUAAGCUUCACGGUGCAAACAGAAGUAUUGUCGACCAAUCGGGACCAUUGGACAAACCCAAGUCCCUGGUAUCAGUGGAGAAUGUAUGUUCGAAAAGCGGGAAGCCAGCCGGUAAUUCAGCCGACACUGUUACUGAUCAUUCGCCUGGGCAAUCGGGGAGUCCAAAUGUAAAAAGGGAUUUAGAGAGCCCAAAGAAAGACAACUGCAGUUUUUCAAAGAGUAGUAAGAGCAUCAGUCUGAUGGAGCAUUCGGUCGCUACUGCCACUGAACAGGUUAAUGCAGCCGGUAAGAUUUCUGACCGAGGAAGAGAAAGCAAUAAGACUUCAGCUUCCCCUUUAAAAGCCGUAACUCCUGAUUCAUUAUCGAGGCUAGAGAAGCAAACCUGUUUGGUCUCCGAGUGUAAGCUGCCCUUUGUGAAACUGAUACGUAAAGAGAUAAAGGAUAAGAAGUGUUUGAACCCCAAAGCUUGCCACACUGAAGUCAUCAGGUGUGCAAAGAAAGAGAAAAAAUCUGAUGGCAACAGAACAACGGUCUCUCGGCCAGACCGGACAGACGGCAGGGGCAGUGGCUCGAUAGAUCACACAGGGAGUUCGGAAGCCGUAAAGCUCUCGGUCAAGAAGUUGAAGGCUUCCGGGGGUUCUGGUAUGAUCCGCCUCUCGUCCGAGUUACCGUGUGGAGGGUUAACCGCUGACCGGUUAGGUACCACAGAACCAGAACAGAUGCCAGUUCCAAACCUUAGUGGAGGCAAGGUGGCUCCUUUAUCCCCCCAACAAGCCGAACGGUCGGACAGCAGCAACCGGUCGGAUUCGACAAGCGUGUUCUCUGAGCAGCUAAGCAGUUCCGACCCCGUUCUGACCGCUCUGAAGGACCCGGGAAGCAGAAGCUCUGGGAAACCCGAACGCGUCUCCUCUGUCAAACCGGACAGAGCUCUUCACGCCGCGCGUGAGCAGCCCGCCCACCUCCCGGCGAGCAACCGGCUGAUGACCAGAGCACUGAGGGCCAUGCGCCAAGUGGACCGAAGGAGGCGGGAAAGGGCCCAAAAGGAGGCUGAGCGCAAGCAGCUCCUGAAACCUUUCAGGAGCGUGGAGGACCUCGUGUGGAGCUCCAAGGCCAAACUGGACUUUUGCACAAAGAUAAAGUCUCUGAAAUCUCCUCCCGCCGGCAAAAGCGCGCGCGACCCGGACGCCUUUUCGAAUUGUAGCUCGCCGUCUUUGAUCUUCUCCGAUUCAAAUGACUUUGAAGCUGAUGUCAAGAGCGAAGAUGAGAACUUGUCGAUAUCCUCGACUCCACCGAUGGACUUCAUACCCCUCACAUCCAAGGUGAAGACCAAGCACGAGGAGCCGUCGUCUGCCAUGAAUUCCUCAUCAUCCCCUCCGUCACCCUUUUCCUUUAUGAAUGCCUUCAAAAAUGUGGAAGAGGUAUCUUUUCAGUCCCUGACUAAUGAUAGGGAUGGUAAACCGGUGUCUUUCAAGCCAGACACAAACUACAGGUUCAGCACUUUUCUGAUGAUGUUGAAGGACUUGCAUGACACAAGAGAGCGGGACGGGGCGCCCCUGGAGCUGGAGAUCGGGCCCCCCAGCGCACAUGUCAAACCGGAGCCGUCCCUGAUGCCAGGGGAAACUCAACCGGUUCAACAUGAAAUCAGCGGUUCACAUUCAAGUCCAGACAAAAGUAUGGUGAAAAAGAUCUGUAGCAGCUCGAGCAAGACGCCCCAAAGGGCUUACAAUAGAAAGAGCAGCUCUGGGGGGUCGAAAAAGAAAAGCAGCUCCAGAGUGCCUUGUCGUCCCGCCAGGCCUGGACCUGGUUUCCCAGGUUUGGCGGCCUCCUCAAGACCGGAAUCCUUGCCGGCAGGAGAUUCCCCAUCCAGAGUGGACUGUUCAUCAGGAUUCCUGGACACACAUAGCAGCCCGAAGGGGCAGGCCGGGGGCAUCGAAGGAGGCUUUGGGGCAGAUUUACAGAGCAACAGAGUGAAGGAGAGUCUCCAGAUCCUGGUGCCUUUGGAGCGGAAGGAGAGUGACACCACGCUAAUCGUAGAACGGGCAAAGGGUUUUGAUGCAGACUGCACCGAGAAGACCCCGGGCUUUACGUACAGCACUGCAGAAGACAGGGUUCCAGCAACACAUAAACGAAUAAGAAGGCCCAGCAAGAGGCUGAUCGAGUGGACCCAAGAGUAUGAGCAGAUUUUCCCCACGAGGAAGAAAGCCAAGAAGUCUCUCCAGCUGAUUGAGAAACCGCACAAUGCAAGUCAACCCAUUACCUCCACGUCUGAGUUUUUGGAGUUGGAGAGCCACGCUCACGACCCCCCAUCCUCGACCUUGCUUCCCGAAAUGCAGACCCCACCUCCUGAGGAAACUGCUGGACUUCCACCACCUGAACUCCAAAUUCCCAACAUUGCAAACACAUCUCCCCGAGACACUCCCGUGCUGUCCAUAGACACGCUGACCCCUCCUCCCGAAGCCGAGCCGCUGCUGUCAGAAAGCCUUUUCAAAGACAAUGGAGCUGGGCCUGUGUUGGAGAAAAAGCGGAAGAGGAAACCUACUCAGAAAAUCCUGGAGUACUGUUUGGAGGCCGAGGCAUCAACUGUGCCCAAAAAGAAGAUCAAAGGACAGAGGACCAAUUCAAAUCCUGCUCCUCAGUCUGUUUUACACUCAGAUUCUGCACCCCCGCCUAAACCAAAGGCCAAGCCUUCUGCAGCAUCCUCACCAACCUCAGGGACCGCCACUGCCCCACCUGAGCCUGGACCGAUGGGGACUGGACCAGUGGAGCCUGGACCGGUGGAGCCUGGACCAGUGGAGCCUAGAACGGUGGAGCCUGGACCAGUGGAGCCUGGACCAGUGGAGCCUGGACCAGUGGACGCCAACGUUCCUCAGCCCGACGAUCACAGUGAACAUGAGGACCCAAAGGAAAUGGCAGAGUCUGAGGGUGACCAGUCCAGUCUGGACCACAGCUUUUCUUCUGUGAAGGACGACUUGUUGCUUUGCGAUGAUGCAGUCUUGCCCAUGAGAAAGAUCAUAGGGGACCGCGGAGGGCCGGCCUCCAUGAAGGAGAGUAUUUGUCAGGUGUGUGAGAAGACGGGGGAGCUGCUGCUCUGUGAGGGUCAGUGCUGCGGAGCCUUCCACCUCCCCUGCAUCUCUCUGGCCGAGGCCCCGAAAGGGAAGUUCGUCUGCCCGGAGUGCAAAUCAGGUACCCACACGUGCUUUGUGUGCAAAAAGCGCAGCGAGGACGUGAGGCGCUGCAUGAUCCCCGUGUGCGGGAAGUUCUACCACGGCGAGUGCGUGGCCGGCUACGGCCCCACGGCGCCCGUGGGCCGCGGCUUCCGCUGCUCCAUCCACGUCUGCCUCACCUGCUUCAUCGCCAAUCCCAGCAGCUCCUCCGUCUCCAAGGGUCGUCUGGUGCGGUGUGUGCGCUGCCCGGUGGCCUAUCACGCCACCGACCUGUGCAUGGCGGCGGGCUGCGUGGUGCUCUCCAACAACAGCAUCGUCUGCCCCAACCACUUCGCCCCCCGGCGGGGCGUCAAGAACCACGAGCACGUCAACGUCAGCUGGUGCUUCGUCUGCACCGAAGGGGGAAGCCUGCUCUGCUGCGAGUCCUGUCCCGCCGCUUUCCACCGCGAGUGUCUGAACAUCGAGAUGCCCAAAGGCAGCUGGUACUGCAACGACUGCAAGGCCGGGAAGAAACCCCGCUACAAGGACAUCCUGUGGGUGAAGGUGGGGCGCUACAGGUGGUGGCCAGCAGAGGUCAGCCAUCCCAAAACAAUCCCAGAGAACAUCCAGCGGAUGCGGCACGACGUGGGAGAGUUCCCCGUUCACUUCUUUGGCUCCAACGACUACUUGUGGACCUACCAAGCCAGGGUGUUCCCUUACAUGGACGUGGACGCCAACAGCAAGGAAAAGAUGGGGAAAGGUGUCGAUGCCACCUACAAGAAAGCUUUGGAGGAGGCGGCUGUGCGAUUUCGGGAGCUGCAGACAGAGAAGGAACUUCGGCAGCUUCAGGAGGACAGGAAGAAUGACAGAAAGCCACCGCCGUACAAACACAUCAAGGUGAAUCGACCAAUAGGAAAGGUUCAGAUCUUCACCGCUGACCUGUCGGAGAUCCCUCGCUGCAACUGCAAGGCCACAGAUGAGAGUCCGUGUGGGAUGGACUCGGAAUGCAUCAACCGCAUGCUGCUGUACGAGUGCCACCCUCAGGUUUGCCCGGCGGGGGAGCGAUGCCUCAACCAGGCCUUCACCAAGCGCCAGUACAGCCAGGUGGAGAUCUUCAGGACCCUGUCUCGAGGGUGGGGGCUCCGCUGUGUCCACGACAUCAAGAAGGGCCAGUUUGUCAGCGAGUACGUCGGGGAGGUGAUCGAUGAGGAAGAGUGCAGGUCCAGGAUCAGGCACGCACAAGACCACGACAUCUGCAACUUCUACAUGUUGACUCUGGACAAGGACCGGAUAAUCGAUGCUGGGCCUAAGGGGAACGAGGCCCGCUUCAUGAACCACUGCUGCCAGCCGAACUGUGAGACGCAGAAGUGGACCGUGAGCGGAGACACCCGGGUGGGGCUGUUCGCCCUCGUCGACGUGGCCGCAGGCACAGAACUCACCUUCAACUACAACCUGGAGUGUUUGGGGAACGGGAAGACGGUGUGUAAAUGCGGCGCGCCCAACUGCAGCGGCUUCCUGGGGGUCAGGCCAAAGAACAAUCCCCCGUCGGACGAUAAGAGCCGCAAGCUGAAGCGGAGAGGCCACGGCAAGAAGAAGAAGAAGCUGGUGCUGACGAAGGAAAGGGAGGACGAGUGCUUCAGCUGCGGGGACGGGGGGCAGAUGGUGUCCUGCAAGAGGCCGGGCUGUCCCAAAGUCUACCACGCAGACUGCCUCAACCUCACCAAGAGGCCGGCAGGUCGAUGGGAGUGUCCGUGGCACCAGUGCGACGUGUGCGGGAAGGAGGCGGCGUCCUUCUGCGAGAUGUGCCCCAGCUCCUACUGCGGUCAGCACCGCGAGGGCCUGCUCUUCAUCUCCAAGCUGGACGGCCGGCUGUCCUGCAGCGAGCACGACCCCUGCGGGCCCGAGCCGCUGGAGCCGGGGGAGAUCCGGGAGUACCCCCCCGAGCGCAGGGCCCUCCCCCCCGGCCUGGGCAUGGCCGUCAUCCCCUCCUCCUCCUCCUCCUCCUCCUCCGCCCCCCCCCACGCCGCCGGCGGCCAUAACCACAGCGCCGGACACGCCACGGCGGUGGCCGGCGGCCGGCCCGAGCCGUUCCCUGCCUUCUCCAUCCCGCUGCCCAUCACCAUCCCCGUCGCCGCCCCCAGAACCUCGCCCCCCCACGGCUCCCCGCGGGCGUUCGACCUCCCCCACUACUCGCCCAUUUCCUCCUGCGGAGAGGAGAGGAACGUGCUGGAGGAUGAUGAGCUGCUGGCCGAGGAAGAGGAGGAGGAAGAGGAAGAGGAGGAGGAGGAGGAGGACGGGUCCAUGCCCGAGGGGGAAAUCAGAGGGCCCAAAUCCCACUCCCAGGAAGAAGACGGGACCGAUGAGGGGGAGGAAGUUGGGCUGGAAUACCUGGAGCUCAAAGAGGACGAGGACGAAGACGAAGAGGAAGAGGAAGAGGAAGAGUGA